GUUUUUCCCACCCACCCCAAUCCACCCACUCAGGAUCACCCACACCGAAACCGAACCAUCGACCAUCUUUUCUUUAUUCCCCCAGAAAAGUGACCUCAAAAUCCAACUCUUCCCUCUCAUCCACAAACCUUUGCCGGAUCUCCGCAAUGGAGAUAGCCAGCACCACGCCAAAGAACCCUAGGCGUGCCCGCCUGACACGCCGUGAUCUCAACUCCCAGGAAAUAUCAGGAGAUGCCACCUUGGAGGAAUCCGGCGACAUGGACGGAAUGGAGGAAGAUGAUGCGGACGCCGAUAGCGGCAACGAUUCCGGCUACGAAGGCGUGCCGGAGGUUGGAAUGGUGUUCAAAACCCACCAGGAGGUUUCCAAAUUCUACAAGAAGUAUGCUCGUCGAGUAGGAUUCGGAGUGUCUGUGAGAAGAUCUUCCUUCACUAAAGAAGGCCAUUGCUUGUAUCUUGAGCUCAUGUGCUGUAAGGGCGGCCGUAAGCGACCCGAGCCUAAGUUCCGGAAGAGGACAACUGCGACGACCAAUUGCCAAGCGAGGAUUCGAGUGAAGCUAUGGGGCGAUGGGUUGCUCCAUUUGGAGCUUGCAAACCUUGAUCAUAACCACCCAGUAAGCCCGUCAAUGGCUCGAUUCUUGAAUUGCUAUAAGCAUUUAUCAGGCUUUGCAAAGAAGCGUGCCUUACACAAUGAUGAAGGUGAUGCAGCACAUAUUGAGCAGGAGCAGCUUCAAACACAAGCACCUCUUGAUAAACUAGGCAUCCUGGAGGAGUUGCUCUUCAGUGAGAAUGGAUGUAGGAGCUUUGUAGAAAGAGGAAGGUUGAAGUUUGGAGAAGGAGAUGCUGAAGAACUUCGCUUGUUCUUCACAAGAAUGCAAAUGAAGAACUCGAAUUUCUUCAAUGUCUUUGAUUUGGACAAGGAUGGAUGCGUUAGGAAUGUGUUCUGGGCUGAUGCAAGGUCCAGAGCAGCAUAUCAAUAUUAUAAUGAUGUUGUUGCACUUGAUACAUCUUAUUUGAUCAAUAAGUAUGAUUUGCCUCUCGCCACCUUUGUAGGAGUUAACCACCAUGGUCAGCCUGUGCUUUUGGGUUCUGCCUUGCUUGCUGAUGAAACAGCUGAAACCUAUAUUUGGCUGCUGAAAUCAUGGAUUGCUUGUAUGUUGGGUCAUCUACCAAAGGCCAUAAUCACGGAUCAGUGUAAAAGCAUUCAGAAUGCAGUGUCUGAAGUUCUUCCCGGAGUUCGACACCGGCUUUGUUUGUGGCAGGUCAUGAAGAAAGCAUCCGAAAAAUUGGGUGGGCUGGCAGAUUACAGAGUAAUCCAGAAGGUAUUGCAGAAGGCUGUUUAUGAUUCCUUAAGGGUUGAUGAGUUUGAGGAGGAAUGGCUGAAAAUGAUUGAGAUUUAUGGGCUUCAAGGAAAUGAGUGGUUGAGACUGUUGUAUGAAUGCAGGCAUGGCUGGGCUCCUGUCUAUCUCAAGGAUGCUUUUUGGGCAGGAAUGUCUACUACUCAACGAAAUGAAUCCUUUACUGCCUUUUUUGAUGGCUAUGUCGAUGCUAAAACAUCUUUGAAACUCUUUCUUAGCAAAUAUGAAAUGGCUUUGCAAAGUAAGUAUGAAAAGGAAGCCCAAGCUGAUUUUGAAACAUUCCAUAAGCGGCGACCCUCCGUUUCAAAAUUUUACAUGGAAGAACAGCUUUCUAAAGUCUACACCCUCAACAUGUUUAAGAAAUUUCAGGAUGAGAUAGAAGCUAUCAUGUAUUGCCAUGCUUCGCUUAUUAAGGUAGAGGGAACAAUAUCAACUUUUGAUGUAAAGGAGUGUAUUUUCCUUGAGGAUGGAAAGAGGACAAUGAAUAGGAAUCAUGGCGUUCUUUAUAAUUCAGAAGAGAAGGAUGUUCAGUGUAUUUGUGGAUCUUAUCAGUUUAGAGGAAUUCUGUGUCGGCAUGCUUUGUCUGUCUUUAAGUUGCAGCAAGUUCAUGAGAUUCCCUCUCAGUAUGUGCUCGAUAGGUGGAAGAAGGACUUCACUCUGACCCGCUCCUCAGACGACGUGAUUGCCAACAAUAGAAUCGAUCGCUACGAUUUCUUGUCGAUGCGAUGCCUUCAACUGGUAGAAGUUGGGAUUUUAUCUGAUAAAUACCAACUUGCUUUGAGGUUGAUAAGAGAGAUGGAGCAGUUUCUUCUUAGUGAUAAUACAUAUGAAGAGACACAGCCAAAGAUUGUGUCCAGUGUUAAUAAACCAACCAAGCCAGAUAGUGUCAACAUAAAAGGCUUGGCAAAUGCCUUUCCGUUGGAAAAUGGAAAUGAGGAGAGACGAAGGAAAGGGCAACUGCCACAGGGAGGAGUCAACCCAACUAUGUUGUCUGUGGCGCAUGUGAGUCCUCAACAAUUUAUUGGCAAUCAAACAACAUUCAGGCCCAGUGUUGUCUACAUGUUUCCGGGAGGUUUUAAUCCACAAACAUUUGGAAAUGGGACCAUGAUGCCAUGGAUGUAUCAGCAAAUGUAUCAGGGCUCUCAUCCUUCUGGAACAACCCCUGAACAAGCACGUAAGAGGAGGAAGGUAGCUCGCGGCUUAAAGGCUAUACAGGCAGCUGAUAGCCCCCGUGUUCUUCCUUCUGCCCCUCCAUCAGGGUCAUAGAAUGAGUUAUACGUUGUAAAAUUGCUGUGCAGCAGGUUAACUUGGAAACAAUUGGUUGGUUAUUUGUAAAAUCAUGAGCAACAUACGGCAAUCUUCAAGUGGAUUGUCUUGAUUAGAAGUCUCACAUAAAGGAGCAGGCUAAUAAUUUGUCAGAAACUCCAAGCAGCACAUAUGGCACUUCCUGGCUGCUAAAGUUGAGGAGCUGAAGUGGUUUAGAACUUCCGUAAAGGUAUGUUUUACUGUGUAAUAUAGAAGUUUUAGCUGGCUUUUAUGACAUUUUGAACGCAGUAACUGGUUCAUGUAUAUUAUUGCAUAAUAUUGUUGUAUAUGGUUAGUUCCUCUGUUGCUGGAGGGUUUUUGAGUUAUUAAAAUGGAUUAUUUAUUUGAGUAUAUAGCAUUUGUACUUAGCUGCUUUUUUUUAUUUCUGGGGUUUUAAUGGGCUAGGGCGUGCCAUUGUAAAGGAAACAGUAAUAUUUUAAUAAAUUCAGCUUUUAUGCCC